ACAAAAUAGCAGACACGACUGCAAGCGAGAAAAACAAAGACCAAACUCCAUCAGACACAUCGUAUAAUUCUAUAGAAAUUCCCCCAAACUGCCCUUUUUGGGGAUAGGUCUACAUAAAAUGAAAUGAAAAUAGUUUUUUUUUCAGCAAAAGAGGGGAAAGUGGGAGCGUGAGGGGGUUGGAGCGCGUAGACUAGAGAUCAUGUUACAGUUUCAGACUUUUCACGGCAAGUUGUGGGGGAGGGUGAAUCUGUUACUUUGAUAUCUUUUUAAUAGGCAUAUCCAACAAAAACAGCGGAAGGAAUAGUUCCACUUGAUUUUAAUUGAAUAUCAUGCAUGCAUCUUUUCGUUUUUUGGUGGCGAUCGGAUUGUGUGUAGGGAAUUCCAGUGACAAAUCAAGGAUUAUAUGACAAAAUGCUAAAUGAAAAAGUUCGGGACUGUGUGAAAACUGGGAAAACGUUUCGUUUCAUUGUAUCAUAAUGCUACAUUCGGCAUCAAAUGAACAAGAGCACUUCGUGCUAUUUUUAUUAACGGUUACUUUUUAGAUUACUGGAAUACAAAGUAUAUAUUUUUUCUUCCUGGAAACAAAGUUGCACCGUUGAAUCUCCAAGAUGUCUUCCCAUGGAUGGAGUUCCAUUGUUGGUGGGUUGGGGAUGCUUUGCGUUUGGGCUGCCUCCUUUCUGGUUACUCAUGCGGUAACGGUACAGAGAAACGAAACAAUUUUCAAUGAUUUCUGCAAGAAAACUACAACAUGUGAAGUGCUUAAAUAUAAUACAUGUCUCGGGUCCCCACUACCGUACACGCACACGUCUCUUGCCUUGGCUGAAGACUCAAGUACCCAAGACGAAGCAUUUGAGAAGUUGGCCAUGUGGUCUGGUCUGAGGAACGCCCCUCGCUGCUGGGCGGUCAUCCAGCCCCUGCUGUGUGCCGUCUACAUGCCCAAGUGUGACAACGGGCAGGUGGAGCUUCCCAGCCAGCACCUGUGCCAGGCUACGCGUCGCCCCUGCAGCAUCGUGGACCAGGAGAGGGGCUGGCCCAACUUCCUCAAGUGUGAGGAGACGGACAAGUACCCCAUGGGCUGCACGAACGAGGUGCAGAAGCUGAAGUUCAACACGUCGGGACACUGCGAAGCCCCCCUGGUGAAGACAGACGUUCAGGCCAGCUGGUACAAAGAUGUGGAGGGCUGCGGCAUCCAGUGCAACAACCCCCUGUUCACCGACGAGGAGCACUCGGACAUGCACGCCUACAUCGCUGUGUUCGGCACCGUCACCCUGCUCUGCACCUUUUUCACUCUGGCCACCUUUCUGGCGGACUGGAAGAAUUCAAACCGUUACCCUGCCGUCAUCCUCUUCUACAUCAAUACCUGUUUCUUCAUGGGCAGUAUCGGCUGGCUGGCUCAGUUCAUGGAUGGAGCUCGCAAAGAGAUCGUGUGUAAGAGUGACAACACCAUGCGUUUAGGGGAGCCCUCGUCUACCGAGACUCUGUCGUGUGUCAUCAUCUUCAGCCUCGUCUACUACUCCCUGAUGUCUGGGGUGAUCUGGUUUGUCAUGCUGACCUACGCCUGGCACACGUCCUUCAAGGCCCUGGGCACCACCCACCAGCCCCUGUCGGGCAAGACCUCAUACUUCCACAUGGUCACAUGGUCCGUCCCCUUCAUCCUCACUGUGGCUAUUCUAGCCACCGCUGAGGUGGACGGAGACUCUGUCAGUGGGAUCUGUUUCGUGGGCUAUAAGAACUACCGCUACCGUGCUGGCUUUGUGUUGGCUCCCAUUGGAGUUGUGCUUGUCAUUGGUGGCUAUUUCCUCAUACGAGGAGUCAUGACGUUGUUCUCCAUCAAGAGUAACCACCCGGGUCUUCUGAGUGAGAAGGCAGCGAGCAAAAUCAACGAAACAAUGCUAAGACUUGGUAUAUUUGGGUUCCUGGCGUUUGGCUUUGUCUUAAUCACGUUUGGCUGCCACUUCUAUGACUUCUUCAACCAGGCUGAGUGGGAGAAGAGCUUCAGAGAAUAUGUGUUGUGCGAGGCCAAUGUGACGAUCGCUCAUCAGACCAACAAGCCGAUCCCAGAAUGUACUAUCAAGAACCGUCCCAGUCUACUGGUGGAAAAGAUUAAUCUGUUCUCUAUGUUCGGCACGGGCAUCGCCAUGAGCACCUGGGUGUGGACCAAGGCCACGAUUCUCAUCUGGAAACGCACCUGGUGCAAGGUUAUCGGCCGUAGCGACGAUGAGCCCAAGAGGAUAAAGAAGAGCAAGAUGAUAGCCAAGGCCUUCUCCAAGCGCAAGGAGCUCCACAAAGACCCGGAGAAGGAGCUGUCCUUCAGCAUGCACACUGUCUCUCAUGACGGGCCAGUAGCUGGCAUCAACUUUGACCUGAACGGGGAGCCAUCCAACGAGAUGUCUUCAGCCUGGGCCCAGCAUGUGACCAAGAUGGUGGCCAGGAGGGGCGCCAUUCUACCGCAGGACAUCUCUGUCACCCCUACAGGAACACCUGUUCCACCGCCAGAGGAGAGGAACAAGCUGUGGAUGGUGGAAGCGGAGAUCUCCCCUGAGAUGAUGAAGAGGAAGAAGAAGAGGAAGAAGAGGAAGAAGGAGGCGCGUCCUCUGGAGGAGCUGGUCGAACGCCAGGGCUACCGUCAGCGAGAGUUUGGCACCAGCUCGGUGCCACGGCUACCCAAGCUGCCCGGCCACAGGAGCCUGGUGGCCAAUCUGAGGCAGCACCAGGAGGCUGAGGACGUCCUUCCAGGCUCUUACCCUGAGUUUAGGCCCUCUCAUCCCCUGCCCUACCAGGAGAGGUACGGAGGAGCCCUGGGGGCCUCCUCUAGCCAGAGGAGCAGGUACCCUGACCUCAACCCCCUCUCCCUCAGUGACCUGCCAGAGGACCUCGGCCUGGGGCCUCGCUGCCGCCCCCAACAACCACCCCUCUCCUUCUGGCAGCCCAAUGGAGCGUUCCACUACUCCGGGGAGGUGGCGCCUAUGGCAGGGGUGUCUGGGAGGACAGACCACGUGGGGAAGUCGCAGGGGGGUCAAAGGAGGGCGGAGUGGGGGCAGAUCCACUCUAGAACCAACCUGAUGGAGGCGGAGCUUAUGGAUGCUGACUCUGACUUCUGAGAGCAACCAUGUAUGGUUGUGGGGUUUUCUGGGGGGUUUUACAGACUGUGAGAGAAAAGUGCUGGAUACUUACACUUAUGGUGCUCCCUUGUCACUGCCCAACAGUCAAGAUGAAACAGGACUCAAGUCAAGUUAAUUGGUCAGAUCUGUUUCAUUUAAAGGGAAGGGCUAAAGGAGAACUGAUCAGGCCAAGGGUGAGUUUCAUGAAAGCUUCUUGGCUUAUGUCCCACUGGGCACAAACUGGUUGAAUCAACGUUGUUUCCACAUCAUUUCAACCCCCCAAAAUCUAUGUGAUGACGUUGAAUCAAUGUUGAAAACUGAUUGUAUUUGAAAAAAGUCAUCAACGUAAGGGCAUUUCGUAUUUUUUUCACCCAACCUUUAAGCUAAAUCCAAUGAAAUGGUGACAUUUGUUGUUGAUUUCACAUUGAAUUCAUGUUAGUUAACAACUCAACCAAAUGUAAAUCAAAACUAGACGUUGAACUGACUUCUGUACCCAGUGGGGUGGCUCUGAAUUUCUCUUAACAAAUCACAGUAGCUACAGUUUCAUAAAAAUGUGUUUAAAAAUAUAUAGCUGCGUUUAGACAGGCAGCCUAAUUCUGAUAUUUUUACCACUAAUUGGUCUUUUGACCAAUCACAUCAAAUCUUUUCACAUCACAUCCUUUUCAGAGCUGAUCUGAUUGGUGAAAAAAGAUCAGAAUUAGUCUGCCUGUCUAAAUGAGCUAAAUUAUUUGAAUAAAGCACUUUUCUGUUCUACAAGUUGUCUGGGUCUAUAGUUGUGGAGAGAAAUAAAGUACCUCGUUAGCUACAAAGCUUUUCGGAAACGCCUCCCAGACUCGUCAGUGUUGUGUGACUUACCGAAAAUAAUUCCACUUGUGGCAUUGGUCAGAAAACCGACAUGAUCACCCAUGUUGCAACAACUAACUUCUGUUGUCAGAAACAUUUCAUUGAAUGAUGGCAGCAGAAGAGGCAGCUCAACUCUGAACGAAUUGGAUGAGGGUCACCAUCACUGACAUGAUCCCGGGUCACUAUCUCUUGGAUCAGAUAUCACUCUUGUUGAUUUCAGUCUCAUAGCCAUUCAUUCAUUAUAUGACUUCCAAGACUCUUCCAGGGAUCUUGUCGUUCCCUGAGUCAUUUCAUGCAUCUUAGGGUUCAUGUAAGUAGUGUAAAGUGGCUUCCUUUCCUUGUCUCUUUUCCACGUCAUUGCUGACUUUAGAAAACUGGACCGGUGAAAACUAAUUCCAUGUAGGCGUUCUCCAUAUUGCUUUCAACUAGCCUGUGUUAAUGAACUAAAUAUUACUAGAUCUGUAACGAUGGAGAGGAAGCCACUUUAGAUGAUUGACAUGCAGCCUCAUAUGAUGCAGAAACUAUCAGGCUCUGGAAGUUCCAUGUCUUUGUACAUCAUCAUCAACUAGUCGUCUCUACUUUUGUCACAAAAAUAUAGGAACUGUUUUUAUAUUGCCUGGUGCAAUCACACAAAAGUGAGCUUUUUUCACCUGAGGAGAAAGAGAAUUGAUUAGGUUUUUAUACCAGUUGAAAUGAAAUACACAACUGAGUGGGAAUCAAUCACUUCAUUUCUUGAAAGUGUUCUUGCACAUGUUAGCUACAUCAGUUAAAUUGUUACGUUUUUUUUCUGUACAAUUGUAUUAAAAAGGGUUAUUUUUUUACUGUAGUAUGUAGUAUUUCCACAUUGUGUUUUACUCUAUUGGCAGCAGUGCUUGACUUGGACUGAAAUACAGUAGGUGCCGGUACUCAUUUUACAUGCUGGUACUGUUUUUAUUUAGGUGCAGGAGCUCCACAAUACUUUUCAGCUAAUAUUCUAUAAGGAGAACAGGCAGUAGAAAAAUGUAAGGUGCCGGUACUCAGCUCCGGUGCUCAGCUCUGGUACUCAGCUCCGGUACUCAGCUCCGGUACUCAGCUCCGGUACUCAGCUCCGGUACUCAGCUCCGGUACUCAGCUCCGGUGAGCUCCUGCCCAAGUUAAGCAUACGUAUAGACAACCUUGGCUAUACUUUGUUGAGUUUUCUGUGUUUUUAUUGUAUAGGACAGUGCUAUAUAUUGCGUCAUGUUGUCCUAGAGUUGAGCAACACACCUUUAUUCUCUGCUUGUAAUUAUCUGCUACAAUUUCUAAAUGCACGUGUCUUGUGCUUCUCUAUGUGUAGUGCACCUUUUCAUUUAUUGGGAACGAGGACGCAGUGAAGGCUGCUGAGGGGAGGACGGCUCAUAAUAAUGGCUGGAACGGAGCAACUGAAAUGGCAUCAAACACAUGUGGAUGUGUUUGAUGUAUUUAAUUCCAUUCCACUAAUUCCGCUCCAGCCAUUACCACAAGCCUGUCCUCCCCAAUUAAAGUGCCACCAACCUCCUGUGCAAGGAUGCAGCAUACUUGUACAAUUCUAAGUUGUUAGACUGUAUGUUUGGUUGGUUUUCCAUGCUGAGGUACAUUACAGAUUUGCUCAGCAAAAGGGACAAUUCACUGAAGCUCGUGAUGUAGUUGUACCGAUGCUGUAACCAAAGUAAUUUAGUAUUAUUGUCUUUGCGUCACACUCACAACAGAAUAAAGAUGGUGCCAAACUACAGAUGUAGAAUCUUAAUUUGAUCAACCUGUUGCAGGAGAAAUGUAAAACUUGUACUGCAUUUGAGGUUUAAAAUGGCUUCUGAAGUUACGAAAAAUGGAUCAACCGCUACAAAAAUGGUCAUUAAUUAUAAUCCACAUAAUAACUCACAUUUCCUGUUGCUGCAGGAUUAUGUUUCUGCUGUAGUCCUAUUAGCUAAUGUGCUAUGUGUAUCAGAGAUUAUUUAUAAAAUGUCCAUGUCUGGAAGAUAAAUUAAGCAAGCUGUAAAGCACUGCAAUGAAAAUAACACUGUAACAUUUGCUUAAUACAUUUGGACAUUUCUUGCACCAUCAGUGCAAACGAAUGUAAAUUUCCAUUAAAAAACGUGUUUUGUGAAAAGACAUAAGGGAUCUAUCAAGCGUAUAUGACGUCAACUGUAAUAUUUCUCAUGUUGGAUACUGACCAGCCAGUUUAUUCCAUGGGAAAUGAACCUUGAUAUACUUUUUGAGGUAUUGUGAACAUUCUCAGAGUUUUCUUUUGCUGUCAAAGAGAACUAAAUACAGCAUCUCUUUGUGGGUUCUCUAUAUUGGCAAAAUCCAUUCCCCUAUUGUCUAUGUAGCUCACUGCUGUUUCUCUCCACACUCAUAUCUUGAACACAGAAUUGUAUUACUUUGAUCAUGAAGCUGUAUUUUUGUAUAAUUAUGUAAAUAAAAGGAAACCUAGAA